CGGGUUGGAUGGGCUGCAGAGCGCUGGCCCAGGUCCACGCCUCGGGAUGUCGGGAUUCCAGGAUGCCCGGGCCCCUCUGCGCUCCCCCCAAAACCCCCUCCCCUGGACUGAACCUCCCAGCGUCGUGGGAACUACCUCUCGCUCGCCAUUGCUGAUUUGCAUCCUAGGAACGCCUAUCACCCUCUCUACCUCGGCAUGUCCCCUCGACCAUGGGACGGUGUGCAUGCUACAGAGCAAGCCUGGAGCCCCCACGGGCACCGGGACAGGGAGCCCAGUGGAGGCGCCCUCCCGAGGCAGUACUGCCCAUGCUGACUACCCAGCCCUCCGGCUGCCGAUGUCAUGAGUAACACCACAGUGCCCAAUGCCCCCCAGGCCAACAGCGACUCCAUGGUGGGCUAUGUGUUGGGGCCUUUCUUCCUCAUCACCCUGGUCGGGGUGGUGGUGGCUGUGGUAAUGUAUGUCCAGAAGAAAAAGCGGGUGGACCGGCUUCGCCAUCACCUGCUCCCCAUGUAUAGCUACGACCCUGCUGAGGAGCUCCACGAGGCUGAGCAGGAGCUACUCUCCGACAUGGGAGACCCCAAGGUGGUCCAUGGCUGGCAAAGUGGCUACCAGCACAAGCGGAUACCCUUGCUGGAUGUCAAGACAUGACCUGAUCCCCUUACCCUGAUCUUCAGAACCAUGGGGUCCAGAGCCCUAUAGCCUGUUGCUUCUCUUCCCCCACCCCCACCCCAAUUGCAUCCUCUCAGCUCCCGCCUCUUAGUUACUGGGUCUCUCCUCCUCCAUCCCCAGCAGCACCCAUUUCCUAAGCCCUGCAUAUAGCAGUCAGCAGCCCCUGCUAUCACUUAACUCCCCGCCAGGCCUUUGGCCCUUUGUGGGCUGAGCCUGCCAGCCACUCCCGGGCGCUGAUAGGAACUUUUCCUUCUGCGGUGGAAGGGUGGCUGGAAGGGAAGCUUUGCCCUUUCCUUGGGCACUGUGUCUCUAACGCCCCCUGACCUGGCUUUGGAGCUGUUUCCAGGGUUACAGGGCCUGAUGUAUAGUAUUCAGUAUAUAUAUUUUGUAAAUAAAAUGUUUUGUGGCUAGG